CUAUCAUAAUUCAUCAUUUCAUGACUGCUAUUGUGUGCGACUGUUUCAAUGCAGUAUUGUCAUUGUGAUCACUGUCAUAGUUCAUCAUUUCAUGACUGCUAUUAUGUCUGAUUGUCAUUGACAGCUUUGUCAUUGUGGUUGUUGAUAUUGAUUUGUCCUUUAUCCUUGUUCGUCUUUAUAGUUGUCACGGACAUUUAUUUGCUGAUGUCGUUCUGUAUGUUUCUGUUGUUCUGUCACAAUUGUUGUUGUUGCUGCUGUUGUCCUUGUCUCUUGUCUCUCUUUUUUUUGUUUUUGUCCCCUCUUUAGGUAUACAAUUCUAUCUGCUUUAAAGGCUGGACAGGACAGGGGUAAAAAAAAUAAAAAAAUAAUAAAAAAAAAUUAAAAAAAAGAAAACAACAAUUAAACUGAAAGAGGCUGUUUGUCAACUGAUCAAAAGUUUAAGACCACAGGCUAUAAAUGCCAAAAUCUGCUCAAAAUGUUCAUUUUCUGUCAGGCAUUCACACUGUCAUGCCCUCCUGAUGGCUAAAGCUAAGAAGCUUUCUCUUUUUGAACGUGGUCGGAUUGUGGAGCUGCAUAAGCAAGACCUCUCGCAGCGUGCCAUUGCUGCUGAGGUUGGGUGCAGUAAAUCAGUCAUUCUACAUUUUUUGAAAGAUCCUGAGCAUUAUGGAACAAAAAAGUCAAGUGGGCGACCCAAAAAAAUCACACCUGCGCUGAGCCGAAGGAUCCGAUUGGCUGUCCAUCAAGACACAGGGCGGCCUUCCACCCACAUUAAAGCCUUUACUGGUGCCGACUGCAGUGCAAUAACCAUCAGAUGGGAAAGUGCCAGAAAAGGGUUUACGAAACAAAAAAGAAAUUCAAAGACCUCAUCUCCUUCAACGCCACAAAACUGCCCGUUUAGACUUUGCCAGGCAGUAUCAAAUAUGGGACAUUGAAAGGUGGAAAAAAGUUUUAUUCUCUGAUGAGAAAAAAAUGUAACCUUGACAGUCCAGAUGGCUUCCAACGUUACUGGCAUGACAAGGAGAUCCCACCUGAGAUGUUUUCUACCCGGCACAGUGGAGGGGGGUCCAUCAUGAUCUGGGGUGCUUUUUCAUUCAGUGGAACACUGGAGCUUCAGGUGGUGCUGGGUCGUCAAACGGUGGUUGCUUACGUGCAGAUGUUGCAGCGGGCAUCCCUCAUGACUGAGGGCCCUCGUCUGUGUGGUAACAGCUGGGUUUUUCAACAGGACAACGCUGCAGUUCACAAUGCUCGCUUGACCAAAGACUUCUUCAGGGAGAAUAACAUCACUCUUUUGGACCAUCCUGCAUGUUCCCCUCAUUUAAAUCCCAUAGAGAACAUUUGGGGAUGGACGGCAAGGGAAGUUUAUAAAAAUGGCCAUCAGUUCCAGACAGCUGAUGCCCUUGUUGAAGCCAUCUUCACCACUUGGAGCAAUGUUCCAUUAGCCUCCUGGAAACACUCGCAUCAAGCAUGCCCAAAGCAAUUUUUGAAGUGAUUAACAAGAACGGUGGAGGUACUCAUUACUGAGUCCUACUGAGAACAUUUUUUGUUCUGGUUUGGAGUUUUUUGUUAUUUUUGAGCGAUGGUCUUAAACCUUUGAUAAAGUGUGUAAGAGUGUAUGUACCAAUUACGAUGAAGAUCUGACCUUGUGGAGCUGAGUUAUUAACGUUUACAGUUAAGUGGCAAAUUGUCCUCUGGAUCAUCAAAGUUUCUUGCCAUGCCUCGCCCACAUCUUAUGAAACAGCCUAAAAUCCUUCACAAUAUAACAUCGCCCGUCGAGGAGCCUUUAUUUUCAAUUGGGCUAAUUUGGUCAAAGUACAUAGGUCUAGUUCAUUGAAAUACAACUCCUGGUGUUUUGCCCAAAAUUGCUGCCGGAAAACAAAAUGGCCAACAUUCUGUUUGUUGUGGGACAUGGGUUCUUGAACCUUUACAUUCUGUCAUGAUUGCCGCUGCGAGCAAAUUUCAUGGCAAUCUGUGAAACUGGCAGCAGGGGCUAAUAUUUUAAAGGGGGAGUGAGUUUUGUGGCUUCUUGUUCAGGACCUCUGGAAUGACAUUUUUUUGGUGAGUUUUCAUGCACGUUAAAGGAAAACUGCACUUUUUUUUUUUUUUUUGCCCAUCAUUCACAAUCCUUAUGUGAGACUUGAACACACGUUUCUCUCUCUUCUGUGUGUUCUCAAGAUAGAAAAACAGCUAAAAAGAGGCAGCUAAGAAUACACAAUAAUGGGACCAAUUCCGCAUAUAAAGCUUGUUGAAAAAUCCUCCAAAAAGCGCCAACAAUGCUCAAUUUACGUAAUGUGACCUGCAUAUUAAUCAAGCUACAGCGACAUUGUUAUUAUUGUUCUUAUUAACAUUGUUACACCGAAGAACUACGUGUCGCCACUCCAGGUGAAUUCACUGACACUCCGAAAAUCACUACAAUGUCUUUAUUAUGUGUGUAAGUGUGGUCUAAAUAAGCAGAAAGACAAAGUAAAGUGGAUAUAUCUCUCACUAAUGCAAAUCUUACUGCAGAAGUAAAAUUUGCUGUAUUUAAGUAUGCUUGGAAAUCCUGGAAAAUACAUGUACAGUACACUCAAAACAUGUCAGUUCAAAUUAAGUUACGUGGUGUCUUUUCGUGGCUCAUAAUUACGCUGUUAAAGUGUGAGUCAAAUGUUCUGCUGCUAUUAAAGAGACUAGUGUUAAACAAAUACAUAUUCAAACAUGUGUGCUGUUUUUUAGCUUGAUUCAAAUUUUCAGUUCAUUUGGAGCUGUUAGUACAUACAAAUUAGGGAUGCUCCGAUCAGGGUUUUAUGUGGCCGAUUCCGAUACCUCUAUGAGUGACAUCGUGUGAUACCGAUCACAUGGGUUAACUGUACAUUUUUCAAUUUAUUUAUGAUGAGUGCUAUUGGCAGUUAGCAAAGCGUGUAAACGAAGAUGCAAAAAAAAGUCGAACGGCAAUAGGUUUGAUAAGGGAGUGAUCAAACACGCUGGCAUGGAUUGGCGUAGCCUGUGUCAAGAUGUCAAACUGAAACCAUUGAGGUUUUGCAGACUUGUGUUGAUUCUCCCGGCAAUACGGGACAAAAUGCGGCCCUUGUCGGCUCAAUACGGGUGAUGGCAACCCUACGUAACGCAGCACACAUGUAGGAUUUGCUGAUUUUUGUUAUCGGCUUCGUAAGGCAUUCAUCGACAUAUUCUGAUCAUGUGUUUUUACAAUACUAAUCAGUAGCGGAUCAAUUGGAGCAUCCCUAACACAAAUAUAUAUAAUCCUGUCCCGUCAUUUAUCUUUUUGUUCAUGAAAUACAGCAAACAUAUUUCAUAUGUCAUACAGCAUAUUUCACACAUGGUGGCAAAUGGUGAUUAAUCAUGAUUAAUUGUGAUUAAUUGUGAUUAAUUUGACGAACAUGUUUAAUCAUUUGUCAGCCCUAGUAUAAAUACGUGAUUUUCCUGCUCAUUUCCUCUACAUUCCUGCUCCCAUAAAUCAACAUCCAAUAUUUGCUCUGUAAUGUUUUCUCACGGUCGCGUCACACAUUAACUACUGUAGUUCUGUCGUUCAAAAUAGCCAAUGAGCUUGUCAAGUCCUUACAGAAGUAUUUCUCCCAUACCUCCUAUCUCCUUUCUACUCUUGCAUGAACAAUGUGGGCCUCCGCUUCCAUGGCAACCUUGCAAACAGAGGGAGAGAAGUACAGAACCAGCAACAAGUUGGGAGGAGGAAAAAAAAAAGUGUGUCUGUUGCCAAUUACUACCGGUAAACUCUCUUUAGAGACCUUAUUCCUCUGUUUCAUCACACAGAGGCUGCUUAAUCAAGUCCCAGCAAAGCCUCACCGCCUGGACGCUUGAUCUCUCACAGCUUUUGUUCAAAGUUGCAAUCAAGCAUGUUCCUUUGCCAAACUGGACAAAAAGAGCUUUGGCACCCAUAGCGGUGUUUUUUGCAAUCCCAAACAGGCCCACGGCUCAGAGCGAGAGGCCAUAUGGGGGGAAGGUGACAGUGAGCAGCCUCUCAGACAAGACAGUCACUCUGUUGGAAUGAUGGAAGAAUACAACCUCAAGUCUUCUGGCGGGACUUGAAAAGACUCCCCUCGUUGAUGGCGGCUUCAUUGCUUGCAUGCGACUGCAAACAAAUGCAAGUGUGAUGAGAUUGCGUGGUGUGGCUAACGCCAUCAGGGUGCCAUGGCUCUCGUUCAGGCUCUUCCUGUCAGUGACCACCCUAGUCCCGGUCUCGACGCCGAGCAGUGCCAGCCGCCAUCAUCUCACUCCUCCCCAGCCUCCCGCAACACCACAACAACUAUGGGUUCCGUAAGCAGUCUCAUAUCAGGCCGCACGUACCAAGAGAGACACUGCCGAGCCGCCAGCGAAUUCACAGCAAAGGUUCGGCGCUCCACACCGGCUACAAGCUGCUUCCGGCUGCAGGAUAAUACGCUCCGCAGCGGCAGCUCCUUGGAGCAGCUUCUGGUCAUCGGCAACCAGGCGCAGCCCCAGGCACAGAUUCUACCUCCACCGCUGCCCACCAAGAAGCAGCCUCGGCCAGGAAACUCCACGGCAGCUGCUGGCAGCUUAACAACCACUGCCGCUACAGGUGGAGGAGUCAAUAAGAGUUCAGGAUGUGCGAGCAGUGAGGCGCUGGUUGGAGAUUGGAACGACAACCUGGUCGUGGCUGCUGCAAGUCCCUGCAGCGACUCAGAGGACCAAAGGGACAACAGGACUUUGAAUGGGAACAUUGGAGGACCUCCGCCAAAACUCAUCCCAGUUUCUGGACAGUUAGAGAAGAACAUGGAGAAAGUGCUGAUUCGUCCAACAGCGUUCAAACCCGUCGUUCCCAAGAAUCGCCACUCGGUGCAUUACCUGUCUCCACGGCCAGGUGGCAGCAGUCUGUCAGAAAGCCAGGGCAGCCUCAACCUCCUCCUGCCCCUCUCGGCGUCGUCCGGCGGUGCUAACAUGGCCAGUGGCAGCAGCUCGGGUUCUGAAGAGAAGCGCGACUCUUACUGCGGCGGGCGCAAUGCUCGGAGCAGCCAGUGCUGCUCCAUGUCGGACUCCGGGAGGAACUCUCUCUCCAGCCUCCCCACUCACAGCAGCACAGGCUACAGUUUGGCCCCCAGUGAAGGCUCCAGUUCUGGGUCAGGUUCCGGGGCUCAGUUGGAGCCAGGGCAGGUUCUGGUCAGAAACAUUUCAGGUGGAAUGGCGGGCCACGGUCACUCAGACAGCGGACGCUCUUCGUCCAGUAAGAGCACCGGUUCCGGGUCGCUAAGCGGGCGCGGGCAGCCCCUGUCAGACAGCGGUUCAUGCGGUCACUCAUCACCGCCUGUGGAGGGCUACGAGGUGGUGGUGAGGGACCUGGAGGAGAAGCUGCGGGAGCGCGACAUGGAGCUUCAGCAUCUGAGGGAAAACCUGGACGAGAAUGAAGCUGCCAUCUGCCAGGUCUAUGAGGAGAAGCAGCGUCGCUGUGAGAGAGAGAUGGAGGAGCUGAGACAGAACUGUGCCACCAAGAUGAAGCAGGCCUCUCAGAAAGCCCAGAGGGCUCAGCAGGUCUUACAGUUACAGGUCUUUCAACUACAGCAAGAGAAAAAGAAGCUCCAGGAGGACCUCUCCUCCCUGCUGCAGGACAGGGAAACCCUGGAGAGGAGGUGUGCCACCAUCCAGAGGGAGCAGACCCAGCUGGGUCCACGGCUGGAGGAGACCAAGUGGGAGGUAUGUCAGAAAUCAGGAGAGAUCUCCCUCCUGAAGCAGCAGCUGAAGGAGAUCCAGUCAGAACUCAGCCAGAAGGCCGGCGACAUUGUGGUGCUGAGGGCCCAGCUGAGAGAAGCUCGAUCGGAGCUGCAGGCCAGCCAGGCUCGCUCUCAGGAGGCCCAGGCGGCCCUGCGGACACGAUCUCUAGAGCUGGAGGUCUGCGAGAACGAACUCCAAAGGAGGAAGAGCGAAGCCGAGCUGCUUCGCGAGAAAGUGUCGCGCCUGGAGGAGGAGCUGGUUCGUCUUCGGGACACUCUGGCCAGCCAUGGUGGGAGCAUGAAGGGUCAGUGUGUGAGCCUGGCCAUCCAGCAGGGUAGAGGACUGCCAGGGCGGGGCGGACCCAGCCCUUCUGUGUAUCGUGACGUGGAGGACGCUCAUCUGCUUUGGGGAGGAGAGAGUGAUGAAGCCAAGGCGCAGAGGCAGAAUGCAGAAACACUGCUGGGACUCAGGCAACAGGUGGACAGGUUGAAGGCUGAGCUCAUUUACGAGAGGAGGACAAGCGAGGAGCAAAUGUCUCGAUUUGAGGAUGAAAGGAGGGUGUGGCAGGAGGAGAAAGAAAAGGUGAUCCGCUACCAGAAGCAGCUGCAGCAGAACUACAUCCAGAUGUACCGCCGGAACCGUGACCUGGAGCGAGUGAUGCGGGAGCUCAGCCUGGAGCUGGAGAACAGGGACAUGAUGGACGACUACGAGGUCCACAACGGCAGCAACGACAUCCACUUUGAGGAGAUCACCGCCACUGAGAUCUAAAAGUAAAAACAUUUAGCAACACCAGACCAAAACAACAACAAAAGACUGGCAGCGUUUUACCUGUUGAGCAGCUGACAAAGGUGCAUUGUUACUCUCUCCUGCUGCACCCCACAUGAUCUUUCAUACGGUGUUUCACCUGCACCUUUUUCAGUCAGCACAAAACCACCUCUCCUCUACGGGAGCUAAAGCAGUGACACAUGUUUGAAUCAGGGUAUCGAGGAAGGUGGUAAUGCAAAAAAACACAAUGUUGCUACAUGCACAUGAAGUCAAGGAAGGGGGCACCAGCAUGCAUGAACAAUAACGAUGUCAUCAUUACCAUCACGGCUUAAUAUUUCAUUGUCACCAUGCUGCACUGAUCCCCAAAGUUAUAGCUAAGGGGCAAAUAAUUCUACAUACUCAACGCUGUGUUCUGUAUAUUAGCCUGACCAUGCUCAUAUGGUAGUACCACUCUAUUCCUUAAGGGGGAGCCACAGUGCAAACCAGUCAUGCCACUUCACCACUGGAAUGUCUUUAGAAUAGUACCUGAACGCAUCAACAGAAGGGAACGAGGGUCUACUGUAUUCUUGGCAAAGAAGACUCAUUUUUUUAUCCAAGAGGAGACUGAGGGCAGCAAAGUGGAGAUUGUGGAGUAUAUUGCUGCAGCGUCCACAGCUAAGGCACAGGAACAGGGUAAGCGAACGUUUAGUUUUUGUCAUUUUGAGCUGUGAAUCCUUUUGCUCAAACAGUGAGCGACCGAAUACUAGAAAUGAGGGGUGCACGAUAUGAUCUCAGCAGGGUCCUUGAGGGUGCAUGGGAGUUUGCCCAACCAGUCUACAUGUGUUUUGUGGACUUUGAGAAGGCAUUCCACCGUGUUCCUCUGAAUCCUAAUUCAGGUCAUUCAGGCUGUUCACUCCCCGUAUGACCGGUGUCAGAGUUUGGUCCCCACAGCCGGCAAUAAGUCAGACCUGUUUCCCGUGAGGGUUGGAGUCUGUCAGGCCUGCCCUUUGUCACCAAUUCUGUUCAUUACAUUUAUGGACAGAAUUUGUAGGUGCAGCCAGGACGUUGUGGGGAUCCGGUUUGGUAGCUGCAGAACUCGGUCUCUGCUUUUUGCAGAUGAUGUUACUGGCUUCAUCCUUCAACGCCCACUGGAUCGGUUCGCAGCCGAGUAUGAAGCAGCUGGGAUGAGAAUCAGCAGCUCCAAGUCCAAGUCCAUGGUUCUCGCCCAGAAAAGGGUGGAGUAUCUACUCCAGGGGGAGGAGUUUAAGUACCUUGGGGUCUUGUUCACGAGUGAGGUAAGGCUUGAACGUGAGAUCAACAGGCGGAUUGGUGCGGACUCUGCAUCGGUCCGUUGUGGUGAAGAGGGAGCUGAGCCGAAAGGCAAAGCUCUCAAUUUACCGGUCGAUCUACGUUCCUGCCCUCACCUACGGUCAUGAGCUUUGGGUAGUGACCGAAAGGACAAGCUUGUGGGUACAAGUGGCCAAAAUGAGUUUUCUCCGUAGGGUGGCUGGGCGCUCCCUUAGAGAUGAGGCGAGAAGCACUGUCAUCUGGGAGAGACUCGGAGUAGAACCACUGCUCCCCUGCAUUGAGAGGAGCCAGAUGAGGUGGCCCGGGUCAGGAUGCCUUUCGGACGCCUCCCUGAGGAGGUGUUCAGGGCACAUCUGACCGAUAGGAGGCCUCAGGGAAGACCCCUUCUAUAUGCGUAUAUGCGCCCCUUCUACUUGACUACUCCGUUUAAAGGGUGAGGGGAUCUCACCCAACCUACAGUGUCGAGAUUACAUCCAGAUCGUGCACAAUAGAGUAACUCUUUUUUUGUUCCAAAUACUGAACCCUCUACUUUCAAGAUGCUUCCCUUCCAUCGGCUUGUUGCUCUUGGUAAGGACCUGGGAUAGUUUGCUCAUCUAGCCGUUGCUAGUUUCCUGAGCAUAACUUGCGGUCUGCCAUUUCCUGUUUUGCUGGGUCAAACGAACUCCGGCCACAGAUGAGUACCAGUAUCUUUUAUGGGACACGAUUCCCCACGUACCCUAUACUCCUUACCUCCUAGCACCAUUGUAACAUCGGUUAUGCCUUGAACUUACUUUGGUGUACUUGAACUAGAAUUUAGGCUGAUAGAUUUACAGUUAUAGUUGGUUAUUUGCCAGCCCCCUGGCUGCAUCUCGUGGACGAAUGAAAUAUCUUCUCUGAGAUUUGAAACUGCCUGACCUUCUGGGUCAUUGGACGCAGGAAGAAAAGCCCUGUGUGACUUGUUUUCGAGGGAAAAACUAUCAUCUUAUAUUCGGGUCAGUCCCAGCCCUUUGUGCUUGGCUCCUCCCCCUUGAGGAAGUAACAAUAAGUCACCAGCAGGUCAAAAAUGCGUACAGAAUUCCUGUUUGUCGCCUCUUGCUGUGGAGCGAUCAGAUGCCAAGCUUCAGCGCGUUUCAUUGUUUUUUGUGGUCUUUCUGCAGUUUAAGGAAAAGUUGCUUCAAGCGGAGCGCGGCAGUGGGAGAUGUCAGCCGGAUGUCUCUCUCGUCCUCACUCCAAAGUCUAUUUUUGGAACAGAAGAAAAGCACCUUAGCGUCUCAGCGUCGGGAAAGGGAAAAAAAAAGAAAAAGUUGCGUUUAUUGCCACUUCUUCAGGAUGCAUUUGUUCCUCUUCACUGUGCUUUAUUUAGCCAAAGUCUGACUUUUCAUGAAACGGCUCCUAUCCUGCAUUUGCAACUUUUGACACGCAUGUCUCACAGGUUCUACUCCACGUACCCCACACCACUUCUUCUUGGAAGAACUACCAGAGUAACGAAGCAAUAGGACGAUUUAUUUUCUUUUUUUCAGGGAGCCAAAGACCUACCUGACGGUCACGGCUCCCCUGCUCACGCCACUUCACGGACAGGAUGUUUUUUGAACAAAGCCUGCGGAAUCCCAGCGUUUUGGGCAAGAGCAGAAGAAUGCAGAUUUACCCUGGGAGUAUAUUAUGAAAAUCAACUUACUUUAAGGCCCCACUUGGGAUCCGAUAUCACUCAAAAAGAGCAGGAUGGGACCCCUUUAAACCAAAGUCUUCCAAGUCUAAAUCAUCAAGUUGAAAAAUGAGUGAAAAAAUGGAUCCAAUAUACGUGUAUGUGUAUGUGUAUGUAUAUAUAUAUAUAUAUAUAUAUAUAUACACACACACACACACACUACAUAGUGUACAUUGAGUGUUACGUAAAGCCGGUUUUAUUUGAUUCAUUUUAUCGCAGGGCUGACAAGUGAAAAGAACGUACAUUUUAUAGACUAAAUAGUAAAUACUAGCGAAUCGGAACUCUAUAUAAUGAAGGCUGUAUAUUUUUCUAUACAUAUAUAAAUAAAGCACCUACUAAUAUUUUGUUGUAGCACCGGUCUCUCUCUAUAUGAAUAUAUAUCUACAGUAUAUACCGUAUGGCGUGUAUGUCCAUAGAUACGCAGUAUGCAGUAGUAGAUGACGUGCGUGUACGUAAUGCAUGUGUUUUAUACUCUGCAUCGCACACCCUGCUCACGUAAUGAUGCCUGUCAUCGUGACACGCUGCAAUGAGGCUCAUUUCCGCUCAUUUGUACCUUUGCCACAAAUUCCAGACUGUUACUAUGAGAACUGUCCUCACCUCGCCUCCUGAGUGUAAAUACAGCACACGUAUGGAAACACUUGCUGGUACAACAGAGUGUCUUUUUAUUUGGACGUACAGUAUGUGGCCACUGUGACUCUCGACCAAAGUAACGCAAUAAAAAUAACGCAUUUUAUUUUGUUGUUCUUAUUAUUGGGGGUUUUUGUGGCUUUUUUUUUUUUUUUUUAAAGAUUUGCUUACUUUCUUCAUGUUGUCCUUGUAUAUUUCUAUGUGUACAUUUCUUGUAUAAAUGACUGUUUUUAAAUAAAGUGCAAGCUGUCACACCUUAA